AGUUACUUACGAUUUAUUUCAGGCCAUGACCAGCUAAAGAUCACUGCCUGCUCACGAAUGGGAUUCGAACCGCCACAACCAAAGAAGGCCCUUCUUUUCCAACCGAUGAUGAUUCAAUUGCUAACAAGGCAUUCUCUUUCAGAAAGAACGGAGAGUGAAGGCGGCAGGAAAGAGGCGAAAGGCGAUGACCGGGAACAGGAAGCAUCCAACUCUAUAGCCGUAGCCGGGGGAAGGGGGAAUUCUCUCAUUGAGAGAUUGACUCUUCCUUCGAUCGCGAGAGAGGGAGGUAAGACCUUUGACUAUGCUGCUGGUUAUAAAGAGAUCCUCUACUCAACUAUUAACUAUAAGACGGAUGCUGAUUAUUAUGAAUGGUGUAAGGAAGCCUGUGACGGAUUCUUCCUUUACCGGAGGUGUCAGAAAAAAGAGAAAUCCCAAGAAGUUAUCCGUAGUCUGUGUUCUUAGUGCUGUAAGUGGUACGCACGCCUUAGUCUUAUACUGAAUCAGCUUUUAUGCCAAUCAAGUUGAAGUCUUCCU